UUGAAUUUCAAUUUUUUUUUUCUAAUUCUCUAAGACGAAAGUUAGUUUAGCUUCCGAUGAACUCAGAAAUCUCUCAGCCGCCGGAGCUAAUGCCGUCUCUGAGUCCGUUUAGUGGUGUUGAUAUCUCGGAAGAUACAAUAAACGCUGCAGUCGAGGCAGAGCUCGCCGAGUUAGCGAAAAGUGACUCGAACGGCGGAGGAAAGAGUAAAGUGAAAGGAUCUUGGUCUCCGGAGCAAGAUGAGGCUCUCACGAGGCUUGUGAAAAAGUGUGGGCCGAGAAAUUGGACUCUGAUGUCUCGUGGAAUCCCAGGUCGUUCUGGUAAAUCUUGCCGAUUGCGUUGGUGUAAUCAGCUCGAUCCUAACCUCAAACGAAAACCUUUCUCUGAUGAGGAGGAUCAU